GGAGGAGGAAGUCCGCUCGACCAGGGUUUCGGUCGCUUUUCUGACCCCAAUGUUUGGCAGUGAGGUGAAUGAGAAACACUCGUCUGAGGUUUUGAACAGCGUAAAAAGGUCAUGCUGGACCUCCAGGAUUGUUGUUGUGGCCAUCACCAGUCCUGUCUGGACUGGUUUCCAGCUGCCCUUGGGACCGAUCUUCAGGCCCCGAAACAGAUGGAUGGAGUCCCGGAGGAAGCUGAUGGCCUUAUCAUACUCCUCCAUCUUGAAAUGACUUAGGGCAGUAACAGUGUUGCGUGACGACAUGAGGUCAAACUUUUUGGUGUCCAAUGUUCAGUCACUGUAUUGCUGUAGGUGAUGUCCAGAUCUUAGACACAGACGCAUCUCCCUCCCAUCAUGGACUCCAAGAAGCCGGGGAUGCUUCGGCAUCUCCGCCAGAAGAUGAUGCCGCACCUCCGCCGAGCGAAGCCGAACCAAAGCAAGCAUGUCCUUCAGCUGGAUAACACCCUGGACCACCGGAUGAGCGCCUCCGUACCCGACAUGAGGAACAUGAGGCAGGAGUACGCUCACCUCUCCGCCGUCCCACAGCUCCAACAGUACAAUUCUCCCAGCUUCAGCAACCCCUCCACUCCACUCGUCCAGUCAGGCAGAGGCCAAGGAGAAGGUGGGGGUGGCCUGCUGAUUGGAGUGUACGACGGUGAAGCUGGGAGGAGUGUCCCUGCAGACUGCACCGACUGGGCCUCCUCUCAUGAGUCAUUCAACAGCCUGUGUGGGGAGGAGAAUAGCUCUCCAGAGGCUAAACACAUAGCACCUGGGGUCAUGGAGCCUGAGGAGCUGGGUCUGCCCGAGAUGAUGACCGUGUACAGCCCGGAGCCUCCGCCACUGGAGGUGUCCCAGGACAGCUCACAGUAUGAUUAUCAGGAAUACGGAUCAAAAGACGAUGACAACCAGAACUCUGAGAUGGGCAAUGAGUCUCAGAGUGUGUCGGAGGGCAUCAAGGAUUCUACCCGGUCCUUCCUGCUCACCAUCAACCUGAAGGAGGGACGCAACCUGGUCAUCAGGGACCGCUGCGGUACCAGCGACCCUUAUGUGAAGUUCAAAUUGGAUGGGAAGACAUUAUACAAAAGCAAAGUGGUUUAUAGAGACCUGAACCCCAAAUGGAAUGAGAGCUUCUCCAUUCCUGUGAAGGAUCUGAACCAGAAACUGUACAUCAAGGUUUACGACCGUGAUCUGACUACUGAUGACUUCAUGGGCUCCGCUACCGUCACCCUGAGUGAACUGGAGAUGGACAAGGCCAACGAGCUGCUCUUGUCCUUGAACGACCCCAACAGCCUUGAGGAGGACAUGGGCCUCGUGUUGGUGGAUAUGAGUCUGUCACUCAGAGACGGAGACAGCAAAAGAGGCCCUCGGUGGCCCCAAAUGAGAAAACGAAGUGUUUUGUCGGGGAGCUCUGCUCAGAACCUCCGGCUGUCCGAGUCUCUGAAGAAGAGUCAGCUGUGGACCUCUGUGCUGUCCGUGACUCUGGUGGAGGGCCAGGAGAUGCCGCUGGACUCUCAGGGGGGUCAGCUCUUUGUUCGCUUCAGACUGGGAGAGCAGAGAUUCAAAAGCAAGAAUCACUGCAGAGUGUCCAACCCGCAGUGGAGAGAGAGGUUCACUCUGAACCAGUUUGUGGACAGUCCGGACGCCCUGGAGGUGGAGCUCUGGUCUAAAGAAGGACGGAGGAGCGAGGAGUGUUUGGGAGCAUGUGAAGUUGACCUGUCCAGGGUACCCUUUGAUCAGAGACAGCUGUUAACACACACACUGGACCAGGGCAAGGGGCGCUUAGUUUUCCUGCUCAAACUGAACACAUGCAGCGGCGUCUCCAUCUCUGACCUGUGUGCUGCGCCUCUCGAUGAACCCCACGAACAAGAGAACCAGCUGGACAACUACAGUUUGAAAAGUUCCCUGAAAAACCUCCGUGAUGUUGGUUUCCUUCAAAUAAAAGUGAUCAAGGCUGCAGAUUUGAUGGCUGCUGAUUUAAACGGCAAGAGUGAUCCUUUCUGUGUGCUGGAGCUGGGGAACGACAGACUGCAGUCCCAAACAAUCUACAAGAGCCUCUACCCAGAGUGGAAUAAAGUCUUCACAUUCCCUGUCAAAGACAUUCAUGAGGUUCUGGUGGUGACUAUCUUUGAUGAGGAUGGAGACAAGGCGCCAGACUUCCUGGGAAAAGUCGCCAUACCCCUGCUCUCGGUCCACAGGGGACAGCAGAUCACCUACCCGCUGAAGAAGGAGGACUUAGGUGGGCUGUCGAAAGGCACCAUCACUCUGGACGUGGACGUUAUUUUUAACCCUGUCAGAGCGAGUAUAAGAACCUUCCAACCAAGGGAGAGAAGAUUCCUGGAGGACAAUCCCAAGUUUUCCAAAAAGGUUCUAGCCAGGAACGUGAUGCGCGUUCAGAUGCUGUUCAGGGCCAUCAUGUCGACUCUGCACUACAUCAAAAGCUGCUUCCAAUGGAAGAGCGUUCAGAGGAGCCUGAUAGCCUUCCUGGUGUUUCUGGUGACGGUGUGGAACUGGGAGUUCUACAUGCUGCCCCUCUUCCUGGUGCUGCUCAUCGCCUGGAACUACAUCCAGAUCCGCUCCGGGCGGGUCGCUCAGGACGAGGACAAUAUGGAUGUGGGGGAUGAUGAAGAGGAUGAUGAGAAGGAGUCGGAGAGAAAAGGGCUGAUGGAGAAAAUCCACAUGAUCCAAGACACCAUCAUCACCCUUCAAACCCUGCUGGAUGGGAUCGCUAACUUUGGGGAAAGGAUUAAAAACACUUUCAACUGGUCGGUGCCAUUCCUGUCCGGCCUGGCUAUCCUCAUUUUUGUCACGGCAACAAUCCUCACGUACUACGUCCCUGUUCGAUACGUGGUUCUAAUAUGGGGCAUCAAUAAAUUCACCAAGAAAUUACGGAACCCGUACAGCAUCGACAACAAUGAAGUGGUUGAUUUCCUGUCGAGGGUGCCUUCAGAUGUGCAGAAGGUUCAGUACAGUGAGAGGAGAGGCAGCAGAAAGAAGAAACUCCUGUAGUUCCUCCUCAAAAACGGUUCCCAGAGGACCUGCAUGUCUCUGGGUGUGUGGUAGGUUUGAAUCUAAAUCAGAUGUGGUGAUACACGGCGCGCCAAACAGACCCUUCAACCAAAGAAGUCCUUUUGAGGACCCCGCAGCGAUGACCGAGGAGAAAAAUGUGUUAUUUAAUUUCCAAAGAUUGUAUAUGUACAGUUUUUUUCUUUUAGAUAAUCAGAAGCUGCUUUAUUUUAUAUAUUUCAUGGCCCCAGGUUAUGUUUUCCUGAAACCAGCAGAAAUAUCAGUUUGUAUUAUAUUGAAUGUAUGUGCUGGGUGUGUAACAUUUGUUCGAUAUUUUUAUGUUACUUACACUGAAAAUGUGCGGACUUCCAAAAUGGAAUAAUCACCUAAUGGUGAACAAAGUUGCUGUUGCUGAAAUGAAAGUACAUUUAAUUAUGGGUUACUUUUUAUGGGUUACGAGUCAUCAUAAGAAAUGUUCUUGGAAAAUGGUUUGAAGUGCAUGGUAUUUGUGGUUUAAAAGAAUAUGAUGAAUUUCCGGUUUAAAUUAUUAAGGCUUUCUUAUGUACAUAUUACGCUGGCCCUGAAAGUCAAUAACAACAUUUCACAAAACACAAUCACAAUUCAGAAAACCCAACAACAUUAACACAAACAGGUUUUGCAGGUCUCCCUUGAAAAAGAGAUAUAUGAUCUCAAUGGGACCAAUCUGGUUAAAUAAAGGUUUGAAAUUAAAAGGGAGGUAGGUCUUUGAAAUGGAUUCCUUCUUUGCUGAUUAGAUUCGUCUGUCAGUCUAAGCAAAGGAUGAUACUUCUUAUUUAGGGCAAAGACUGGCCCACAUAUCCCAUAAUGCCCAGUGGUGGCUAAUUGAUUACGUUUGCUGAAGAGUUGACGCUUUUUUUUUUAAUGUUACUUUUUGAGGAAUCCAUGUCCAAUACGUGCCUACAUUUUUCGAUUAUAGGAAAUGUUGUCGUAUUUCUCCAUUGCUGCUGUGUUUUUUUAAAUCUCGUGUUUUCAAAAAAUUGUAUCUUUGAAAAUGUUGUGUUUCGACCAUCAGGGCCACCGUACCAUACAGCAACAUUGAUUAGUAGCAAAUAUUCUGCAUCAUAUCCUUUUUGUUUCUUUCAUUUACCUUUUUUGAAAAUGGAUAAAUGGCUAUUGUGUAACACAUUGACUGACUGAUUUUACUUUAACGUGACAUUAUGGACUUAUUUUUACAUGCAAAGAUGAGUCCUUACAUUUAGUGUUUCAUUCAAUCUACAUAAAGGAUGAUUGUACUCUGUUGUAUUUUACUCUUUGCUUCUGAGUGGGAUGGGGCAAGAUCUGUACACACGCAACUUUUAUUUAUUAACGACAAUCACAGAUGAAUACUUUUGUUUCUCAUUUCGGACAGCAAUAAAUGCAAAGUUUGCGUAUAUUUCCUG